UGUAUAGUGUAUUUUCUGGGGAUGAUGGGGGGGGGGUAUUUAUUUUUAUUUUUUAACCAGACUGUCUUGGUCAGUAAAUAUCACAAACUACAUGGUUAUUGCUUCGUUUUAUAAUCGGCAUUGAAAAGCAGGGUUUUUUUUUUUUUUUGUUUGUUUGUUUGACUAAAUCAUCCCGCCAGAGAGCAAUUUUGGCUGCAUAGCAUCUUUCAGGGCAACAUUCAUUGUCCCAAAGCGAUAAGGUUAACCAAGUGGAUUCUGUAAAAGAUAAUUGCAUUUGCAAUCAUGAAAGUUCGAGCGAACAUAAAGCAGCUUGAAGAGAUUUUAAAGAACCAAACCUCCCACGUAUUCCUGUAUCUGGAAAAUACCCCGACAGUCAUGCGGUGGUAUUUUGUUUAACUAGGACCUGGUUAUAUAUGAAUGUAUUGAAUUCGAAGCUGGGAGGUGUUUAACAAAUGUCAUUCUGUGAAAGAUUACUGCUGCAACGAUCUGGAGAUGAUAUUUGAAACCAGUCCAGCUUUCUUAUAUCUGUCAAUUCCCCAACCUGCAGGACUCUAAGUAAAUCCUCUUGGGUGAAACUUGAUUGUUACAACGUGUCCAUCAACAUGAAAGGGUUCCAGCCUUUUUUUCUACUUGUUCUUCCCCUGGUGAGCACCAUGCAUUCUGAUUGCAUGAUUAAAAGGGACCAGGAACUUUGCCUGGAGAACAUCCAACAAGAAAAUGGUUUUGAUGAUCCGACCAUAGGAUGUCCUGGGAUGUGGGAUAACAUCACCUGUUGGAAGCCUGCUAAGAUUGGGGAAGUUGUUGAAGUCCCUUGUCCAGAGUUCUUUGGAAUUGUAGGUUCUGAAGAUGACUUUGUACAUAUCAGCAGGAACUGCUCUGAAUAUGGCUGGUCAGAACCUUUCCCACAUUAUUAUGAUGCGUGUGGUUUUAAUGAGAAUGAAACCAUUCAUGAGGAUCUGUAUUUUGUGUCAGUGAAGGCUCUGUAUACAGUUGGAUAUAGCACAUCCCUAAUCUCUCUCACGACUGCAAUGGCGAUUCUGUGUCGUUUCAGAAAACUUCACUGCACCAGGAAUUUCAUUCACAUGAACCUUUUUGUGUCAUUUAUUUUACGAGCCAUAUCAGUUUUCAUUAAAGAUGGAGUCCUCUAUGCUGAAGAGGAGAAUAAUCACUGUGUAUCAACAAUUGAAUGUAAAGCAGUGAUGGUGUUUUUCCACUACUGCGUCAUGUCAAACUACUUCUGGCUCUUUAUUGAAGGGCUCUACCUAUUUACCUUGUUGGUGGAGACCUUCUUCCCUGAACGGCGAUAUUUUUAUUGGUACACAAUCAUUGGAUGGGGGACUCCUACUGUUUGUGUCACCACCUGGGCUGUGCUUAGAUUACACUUUGAUGACAAUGGGUGCUGGGAUACGAAUGAGAACACUGCUCUGUGGUGGGUGAUUAAAGGACCUGUUGUUGCUUCGAUUAUGAUAAACUUUGUUCUCUUUAUUGGAAUUAUAAUUAUUCUUGUGCAAAAACUACAAUCACCUGACAUUGGAGGCAAUGAAUCCAGCAUGUACUUCAGCUGUGUUCAGAAAUGCUACUGUAAGCCUAAGAGGGCUAACCAGCAUUCUUGCAAGAUGUCAGAACUAUCUACCAUUACCCUGAGACUGGCCCGCUCAACUCUUCUGCUGAUCCCACUUUUUGGAAUUCACUACACAGUGUUUGCCUUUUCCCCCGAGAAUGUGAGUAAAAAGGAACGGCUCGUCUUUGAACUUGGUCUCGGAUCAUUUCAGGGGUUUGUUGUUGCAGUUCUGUAUUGUUUUCUGAAUGGGGAGUUUCUCCCUAAAGGUGCAGUCAGAAAUAAAGAGGAAAUGGAGGAGCUGGAAAGUCAACCGGUACUUUGCUGUGGAUUUGAAACAUCGUCAUCCGUCACUGGCGAGCAGCGGAGUGAACGGGGGGACGCAACUGUCAAUUCUGAGCAAGAGCAGCUCUCAGAUUCGGAUGUCGAGCAUAAAUGCGGAGAACCUGCCGACAUGAAGUGUUAAAGGGUUCCACUGUAAAUCAGUCCUGCAAGAAGUAAAAGCUGGCAGCACCACAAUCCUGGUGCCUAAGAGUGAGAUGAACAAGAAAGAGUAAAGAAAGGAUAAUUAAUGUAUAUAUCAUACUAUUAAAAGAUACAUCUCAUUUUAUGAAAUUCUGCACUCAGAUUAAAUUCAUCUAAUUUCAGGUGAUGUAAUGUGUGUAAGAAAUUAAUAUUGUGUGUUAUGUGGUGUGCAGUCAUCAAACACUAGCUUACAUUCUCUUAAGAUGCAGAAUCAAAACAUUUCUGAAUGUUUCUACAAAUGCAUAUUAUGAAUUUACAAAAAUGAUCAGAACCACUAAGUCUGGUAGACAUAGCCAGUUUUGUUUUCAAAUGUGAAAUGAGAAACCUGUUACCUAAAUAUCAGUGGGUUAGUUUGUUUGCACACCUUAACCUUUCUUGCCAACAUAACCUGGACCUUAGCAUCUGUAAAUACAUAUUUCUGAAGGGGAAUUGCUUAAUUAUACACUGCUUUCAAUAUAAACAAAAUUUGUUUUUUUGUUCUCCUUUGUAUGUACUGUGGAUAGAAGUGUUAAAGAAGAAAUGUGUUUUUUCUCCUAGUUUCUAGAAAAAAAAAAAAAAAAAACACACAUAUUAACCUGUCUGAUUAAGUAGUUGGCAAGCUUGCAGUAAAUGUUCUGACUUUAAGACAGUUGUAAUAAAUGUACUGACUUUAAGCCAUGUCUAGAAAGACUACCAUUUUCAGCUUGACUAUAGCUUGGAGCCUAUAAAAAUACAAAACCAACAACACAAUUGUAUGACAGAUCAGCAAAUAAUUUUUACGGUGAUUUGUGUGUAUUUCUACAAGCUACAAGAACGACAAACCCAGUCAGAGAAAUGCUUGUUUGCUAUUGAAGCCAAUAUACUACAGAUAUCAAUAAAGGUAUUUGAACAGUUAAAAAUAUCAGCUG